AUGGGUAGCAUUAAUCACAAAUUCCUUCCGAUAGACCUUUCUCAUCAUAUCAAUGCAAAGAGCAAAGCGCGGCAUCCCUCGCCCCUCAAAGACAUCAUUCGAUUUAUGGGCAGGGAUGGAAUGAUAAGCCUAGCGGGAGGCCUACCUCAUCCAUCUCUAUUCCCAGUUGAACGAGCAAACUUCGAAUGUCAGCCACCAUAUACCGAACCUUCUAUCGAAACUCCACUGGUUCAACUUGAUAUUAAACGUGGACUGGAUGGUGGCAGGUUGGACCUGACCGAGUUCCUGCAAUAUGGCUCCGGUGCUGGUAACCAGAAGCUUGUGAGUUUAGUAAGAGAGCUCACUGAGCGUAUGCAUGCUCCUCCUUGCGAACACGAAUAUCUCCUGCACCCUGGAAACACAAAUGCAUGGUCCAAAGUCGUUGGCCUUCUUUGUGAGGACAAUGACUAUGUGAUAGUUGACGAGUUCACUUAUCCAUCCGCACAAGCUUUGUGGAUUCCGUUGGGUAUCAGAGCAAGUCCUGUAUUAGCCGAUGAACAAGGAAUGUCUGCCACAGGACUGCGAAAGAUGCUGACAAACUGGGAUGAAACGUCUAUGGGUCAAAGGCGACCCCGGCUCCUAUAUCUUGUUCCCGUGGGCUCAAACCCAACCGGUGUCACGAUUUCAGCUCAGCGGCGAAGGGAAAUCUACGAAGUUUGUGUCGAAUUUGAUAUCAUUAUUGUCGAAGACGACCCAUACUACUGCCUUCAGUUCCCAAAGUCCACCAGAAAGGAGCAGACCUUCGCGCCUGUGUCAACUAACAAGUUUCUUGAAUCGUUGAUACCCUCUUUUCUCUCGAUGGAUACUCAGGGACGUGUGAUACGUCUCGAGUCAUUCUCAAAAACCCUCUUCCCUGGCCUCAGGCUGGGCUUCUUCGUGGCAAAUUCAGUGUUUACAGAGAGGUUGCUGCGGGUCACUGAAGUUGAGACUCAAGACCCAGCUGGGCUGAGUCAAGCAUUGACAUUGGCGCUCUUCCAAAACUGGGGUAUUGAUGGAUAUUUAACAUGGCUUCAAGGUCUCCAAUUUCAGUACGGAACCAGACGAGAUUGGCUUGUAGCAGCCUUCAAAGACCUCUUCAGAGUUCUACCGGCGGCCAAAUCCCCAGUGCCACAGGCUCAAGGCAAUGUUGCUUGCAUCUUAGACUCGGAGGGGAAGCUGCUACCUGUCUUCAGUUACAUCGAACCUGAAGCCGGGAUGUUUGUCUGGGCAAAGUUCUAUUUCCAUGGAGUCCGUCGGUUCAUUGAACUUCGGGAUGGAAAGAUAGAGGACCCUGAGCAGGCCUUCGCCGCUGAGCUUUGGGAAACCUUGGCAGAGCAACUAGUCCUUCUGACGCCUGGGUCUUACUAUCACGCUUGGCAAGGCCACGACAAGACUUCCACUGCAGCUAGAGGGGCCGAUCCAGAGUCGGCAUUUUUCAGAUUCUCGUUUGCAAGUCCAUCGAAAGAACAGAUUGAAGAGGGAGUCAGACGCAUAAAAAGCGUUGUAGGACAAUUUUGGGAUGGUUCAACAUAG